AUGUCGUACUUGCUACAACACCUUCACUCAGGAUGGGCAGUCGAUAAAGCCAUUCUCGGCGAAGAGGAACGCCUCGUCGUCAUCCGAUUCGGCCACGACUGGGACGAAACAUGCAUGCACAUGGAUGAGGUGUUGGCUUCAGUUGCUGAGAAAAUAAAGAACUAUGCAGUGACAUACCUUGUAGACAUCACUGAGGACAUGGGCGCUGAAGACGAUGAUAGUGUGUUUGAUCAAUUUGCAAUUUUUCUGAUACCAAAUGACAUCAACACUCUGUCAUCAUCUUCCGCACCUAAGUCCUCCUAG